UUUUCGAAACCCCCAAACUGGUUUACGCGUAGGUACCGUCGGGCUACGUCACAACGUAAAUGUUAUAAAGAAUUCUUGGUUGACAAAAAGUUUGUAGGCUCGGGAAGGAUUAGGGUCUCGAGUCUCGACGGGAAGCGACAAGUGGAGGUGGUCCUUAUCAAAAGUUUCAACAGCUCUACAGAGUGGGGCGAGCGAACGGCUCGCACUCCGAACUCUACCGCAGCAGACAACGCUGCGUUCGCGCAACUCAAAACAAUCCCGACAUAAUGUUGACCGUUUCAGUGAGGUGAUAACUUUCUUGUGUUGUGUUGUGUGUGUUAAGGAUUGGAAUACGUUACGUGUAGUUCACAUCUGUCAAGAUGGGUUGCAAGCUAACGUUCGUCGACGACGUUCUGAACCGGUCGUUCUACAAACUCGGCCUGGUCGUCGGCAAGCAGCCAGGCUACUUUAUCAUCAUACCAGUCCUCCUCACACUGCUCAUGAUCACGGGAUACCAACGAGUGCACUAUGAAAUGGACCCUGAAUACCUCUUCUCUCCCGUCAGCGGCCAAGGAAAGUUGGAGAGGCGAAUAGUUGAAGAAUACUUCAAAGUGAACUAUUCACACAGGUUUAACGUCGGGAGGAUAACCAGGCCAGGUAGAUUCGGCCGCGUUAUCAUCGUGGCAAAGGACAAUGACACGAACAUGCUACGCACAGAAGUAUGGAAAGAGCUCCGACAACUGGACGAAUACGUGCAAAACGUCACAGUGACAUUGGAGAAUGGUGACACGUUUUCCUACAGGGAGGAAUGCGCGCGGUGGGAAGGACAGUGCUUUGUGAAUGACAUCCUUAAUCUUGACAAAAUUAUUGGAGAGGUGGAACGUGGCGAGUUGAACCUAACAUUCCCUAUAAUGUUCAACCCCGUGACGUGGGAGGCUCACGCGUUUCCCGUGUUCUUCGGCGGCUCCACCGUUGUGGAUGACGUCAUCGUCUCCGUGCCAGCUGUGCAGCUCGUCUGGUUCCUCAGGACUGACACUAAACUACAGCAAGAAAGAGGUGCAGCAUGGGAAGAUGCAUUUCUAGACGCUGUGGGUAUAGCAGAAGACACGGGACGUUUCAAGCAUAUAUCAAUAGCGCGGUUCGCAUCUCGGACACUCGACCACGAGCUCGAAAAGAACACCAAGACCGUGAUACCAUUCUUCAGUUCCACGUUCAUCUUGAUGGGGAUUUUCUCUAUAGUUACCUGUAUGAUGGGUGACUGGGUCAGAUCGAAACCAUGGUUAGGGUUAUUGGGGAAUAUAUCGGCUGUGAUGGCGACAGCGGCUGCUUUUGGCUGUGCUAUUUAUAUAGGCAUAUCUUUCAUCGGGAUCAAUCUUGCCGCGCCGUUCUUAAUGAUUGGAAUCGGGAUCGACGACACGUUCGUAAUGCUAGCAGCUUGGAGACGCACCUCGCCAAAGCUUUCAGUGCCAGAGCGGAUGGCUAUAAUGCUCUCAGAGGCGGCCGUGUCCAUUACAAUCACGUCCGUGACGGAUAUGCUAUCCUUCUUCAUCGGAAUUUUCUCGCCUUUCCCUUCGGUGCAGAUUUUCUGCAUGUAUUCAGGUUUGGCUGUCUGCUUUACUUUUGUUUGGCAUCUCACAUUCUUCUCGGGCUGCGUAGCUGUAUCAGGAUAUCGGGAGAAACAGAAUCGGCAUACUAUCACAAUGUUAAAAGUGUUGCCAGAAUCAAGAGCCAGAAAGGAAGAAAAGUCUUGGAUAUACAGAAUUUUCUGCAGCGGCGGCAUUGACCACGUAGACCCAGACAACCCAAUAGACAACAAAGAACACUGCAUCAUGGGAUUCUUUAGGACAACAAUGGCGGAUUGUCUCAACAACAGUUUGAUCAAGGCUCUAGUUAUCCUAGUAUUUUUGGCGUACUUGGCUGGCGCAGGAUACGGAGUCACUAACUUACAAGAGGGCUUAGAGAGGAGGAAACUAUCGAAAGUAGAUUCGUAUUCUGUCGUGUUCUUUGAUCGUGAAGAUCUAUAUUAUAGAGAAUUUCCGUACAGAAUACAGGUUGUUAUUAGUGGCAACUAUAACUACUCAGACCCCAAAAUUCAAGAAGAAGUGGAAACCUUAACGCAAAGAUUAGAAAAUACGUCGUAUAUAUCUAAUUCAUUGUACACAGAGUCAUGGUUGCGAACAUUUGUUAAUUAUGUCGAGAGAAAUAACGAUUACCUAAACGUAUCAAUCGACACGGAGGAAGAUUUCAUACAUAAUCUUAAAGAAUUAUGGCUGUUUCCGGCUAACCCUUUUUCACUAGAUGUGAAGCUCAACGAAGCCGGAAACCAAAUUCUAGCUUCAAGGUUCCUAAUACAGGCGAUCAACAUAAGCGGAACUAACCAUGAGAAAGAAAUGGUUAAAGCUCUUAGAGACGUAGUGGCCCAGUCACCUUUAAAUGCUUCCGUGUUUCAUCCGUAUUUCGUAUUCUUCGAUCAGUUCGAGCUUGUAAGGCCGACUUCAAUACAGAAUCUCUGUUAUGGUGCACUGAUGAUGAUGAUAACAUCCUUCAUAUUCAUCCCCAACAUACUGUGCUCCUUAUGGGUAGCCUUUAGCAUCAUAUCCAUAGAAGUCGGCGUUGUGGGUUAUAUGGCCCUCUGGGAUAUCAAUCUGGACUCGAUAUCAAUGAUAAACCUAAUCAUGUGCAUAGGUUUCUCAGUGGACUUCACAGCUCACAUCUGCUACGCGUACAUGGCAUCUAAAGCGAAACACCCUAAAGAAAGAGUCAGCGAAUGUCUGUAUUCUUUAGGAUUACCGAUCGUUCAAGGAUCAUUCAGCACAAUAUUGGGUGUCGUUGCGUUGCUCCUGGCCGAUAGCUACAUUUUCUCUGUGUUCUUUAAAAUGGUGUUCAUGGUUAUCUUCUUUGGUGCAAUGCACGGCCUCUUCCUCUUGCCCGUGUUACUAUCUCUGUUUGGUCCAGGAUCUUGUACCAGACAUGAGAAAGAUUUAAAAAUAUCGAAAGUCGAAAAGAUAUUUCCAAAUCCGUACUGUUUACCCCAUCCCCAACUAGUACUUAAUGAUCAGAUUUACAAUGGCAAGAAUAUAAGCCCGCAUGGCGUUUACAAAAUAUACGGGGACGAUAAAGAUUUAGGCAUAGGAACAUCAGGCGAAGACACCAGUGAAAGUAGCUCGAAUCAGUCACAAAGACGUCAGAUCAGCGGUGACGAAAACACGAGAAAGAAAUAUGUGGAUGGAUGGAAGAAAUACAAUCAGAGUACAAGUCAAUUCCAACCGUCCGGCGAGUUAGAUUUGUAUGGGCCGGAGACCGAUCGGGUUUGGCACAGGCAGAGACGCGGAAGUAACCACCGCGAGCGUUUUGAAAACCUCAGAAGCCCUCCAGGGCACAGAGUCGAGGACCCUGUUAUGGCUCGGAGAACAAGCGACACAGGUCCACAACGAGAUGGUCCGUACAGAGUAAUGCGAACGCACUCGCACCACAACAUCCACAGGGCAAGAGCACCGAGACGCACAAACUCGCACCAAAAUCUCGAACAUUUAGACUACGUCGCAGAAAUGCGAUUUCCUUGACAUUGACCGUACAACCUCUACUAGCUACAGGCGUUAAACCAAGUGCUCAAUUGUGGACCAAAGUAUUAAAAUUUCUCUUGUGGACGAAUAAAAACUGUAUUCUCAGUGUUAUUAGAACGUGUGGACAGUUAAUUUAAUAAGUCAAUUUAGGAUAAGAAGUUUUAAAAUUGCUUUGCAACCUGUUGCUAGUUUGCAAAUCAUAAAAUGAUUGUGUUGAUAAAAAUGAAGAGUGCAUAAGUGUCAAAUGAUAAAUUUAAGUAAAAAUUAAAUAUUGGUAAAAUGUAUAUCUAGUAUCUAAAGUAGAAUUGAGGCAGGUUCAGCAGAGCCAACCAUGGAAGGAAAAAAGCAAGAAUAAAAUAGCCCAAAUGCUUGUUCACGCAUAAUGACGCUUGCGGCAUACUAACGCCUAUAUGCGACGUUUUUUUUUUCAUUAGAGCGCAAAUAUCACACAGCAGCAGAAAAGUUCAACCCUUCAGACACAGACCACCUAUUAGUCCGUGCCUUUAAACUAACAAAAUCAUAUUAAUCUAAACAUUUUUAUUUGACAUUAAAAAUGUUUAUAUCCAUGCGAUAUAAAUGUUAUAAUUGUACUUUAUUGAUAUUAUUUAAUGUCAUCGGUAAUAAAAAUUGAUUAAUCUCAAAAUCGCCAAUUUCAGUUUAUUUCAAAGGGCUCUUAUUGCCAUCAUUAGUUUGAGAUUGCGUUAAAAAUGUUUGCAAUUUCUGCUUACCGCGCAAACGCUUAGUGCUGCCGCUAAGUUGUGAACUUGCACUUAAUAUACUAUCCUUUCUCACAAGUGACAUAAAUGUGUGUUUGUUUAGUUAAGAACUUGUUAUAUGAUGUAUUAACUUUGCUGUUCUUUCUGAGUUAUAAAUGCCUAGCCAAUUGCUCAAAAAUUGUUUUCUGGACAGUAACGUCAUUAAAGUUCGUUCAUUUUAACGAACUUCAUAUUCGUUUUAAUAGGGUAAUUCAACGCUAGGCCUAUAUUUGUAUAAUAUUAUUAUAGGUAUUUUAUAUUACAAACAAGACAUAAUGAAACUUAGCAAUGUUUUUCAUAAUAAUUUAUUUAAACUUAAGUUCCUAAACAUAACGUGUAAAUUACAUGAUGUCAGUCAUCAAACUUACACUAACUUAAUAUUGCAAUAAAUGCAUUAUUUCAAGAUAAACGUCAAAGAAAUGGGAUUCAUAUCCCAGAAUAUGUUACUUUUAUACAAUUUUUACAUGAUUUUGGAAAAAUGUAUAACAAUUUCGCAUAUUAUAUUACAUUAAUUCAAAGCUCACAAUGUUUUUGAAUAUAGAUGUAAUUUUUUGUCAUAUAAUAUGCAUAUGCUAACAAAUAGUUACAAUAACGAAUAUUGAUCGCAGAUAACCGCGGCAACUGAUAUCUCGAUAGAAACAUUUCUGUAGUGUGAUAAUUAUUUUUAGAAAACAAUAUAGGGAAUGUACCUUAGAAAAAUGUAAAUAUUGUGGGUAUUUCAAGUAUAAAUCGUAAUUAUAAGUUUUCAUUGAUAUACGAAGCUUUAACGUUACCUGUAUUUUAGAGAUCGCUGUAUAUAAUUAUAUUAUUUGUGAUACAUUGCCGAUGCCAUGUACCGUUCGAGAAAAGAAUGAUUUAUGCUACGUGGCUGGAACGAGCCGUGCCCAGUUGUCUUUUGGUAAUGACAGCCUUUUUGUCAUUUGUGUUUGGCGCUGUAAAUUUUAGUUCUGGUUUUAGCCGUGGAACUUCUUUUGUGGCGCAGUCUAUUUUACACCUUAGACUAAUUGGAUAUGGACUUGUUUCGCAUCCAAAUUCACCAACAAAAUUGCAUGUGGUUUUUGAAGAGGACGAGUUAAACUCACAUCGAUAUAAAAUAUAAGAACUUUGUGUCUUUACACAACAACACUACACACACACAAACUAUAAAUUUACACACACUAAUAAAAUUUUAACGAACCCAUCGUUUAAUCUGGUUACACCGAAUUAUUUAGAUUACUUGAUCGAUGUUUUGCUGUUCGGCUAAAGAAUCGAUUAUUUUUAGAUAUUUUUUUUUUAUUACAAUCUAAGUAAGUUUAGAAAUACAAAUGAAACGUAACUCGUUACUAAUAGUAAACAUUUAUUAGUAAACUAGGUGUUGAUCAUUUCUUACACGACGAUUACAACAAUGGAACAUAAAUUUCAUAGAAAACGUUUUUAUAAACGUGUUAGAUCAUUGAUCUUGUACUUUGACAGAAGGAUAUUGUUUAGCGAGUCAGGUCCUGAUCUAAUUAGUCUAAGUAUUACAUCUAGCGUCUGUAGCACAGAAGGGCGUUCAUGUUACGCGGGCCAAGACCGGGCCGAUACCGUUCUAUGGACUCUGAGAUUUCUCUGGACUGGUAUUAUAUGAAUUUCAUACAAAAUAUAUGUAAAGUAUGUAAAAUAAGGUCUAGCAUAAAUCAUCCUUUAAAAAAAAUCAACCUUAAUAUCUAUAAGCUAUAACUACCUUACUAUAUUUUACAAAGAGCUCAUUCAUACAGUAACGAUAUUGCCUUGCAUUUGUUGUUAUUACAACCCCAUUGUUAUGUAUGAUAUCGUGAUCAGACACGAUUGCAACUCAUGACUGAAUAUUGUAAAUAUUUGAAUUGUUUUAUAUAAAAAUAAAAUUAGUUUUGAUAACA